AUGGCCAUUAUCCAGGUUCCAGACGAGUACGGCUACGUCCUCGGCGCCGCCGUCUCCACCUUCUUCAUCGGCAUCUGGCUCGGCGCGCGCGUAGGCUCCUUCCGCAAAGCAGCAAAGAUCCCGUACCCCUUCGAAUACGCGUCGUACGAACAAGUCCAAACCGCCUCCCCAGCCUCCAAAUCCGCCAUGCUCGCCUUCAACGCCGCUCAGCGCGCUCACCAGAACUUUGGCGAAAACCAUCCUACCGCUCUCGCUGCUAUGCUCGUUUCCGGCCUGAGAUUCCCAAUGGCGACGGCCGCGCUCGGGCUUGCGUGGAGUGUUAAUCGCGUGUUUUACUCGGUGGGGUAUACCAGGAGUGCGGAGAGUGGGGGUAAGGGCAGGUAUUACGGUGCUGCGGGUAUCAUGGCCCAUUAUGUUUUGGUGCUUAUGAGUGCUAAAUCGGCGUAUGAUUUGAUCAUGGCAUAG